CGCCCGCGACCCGGGGGGGUUUGCGUGACACCGCCGGCACUCCCCGCCGCUGCUUUAUGUAACCCGCCGCUCGGACCCGCUUAUAAAACGCCGCCGAAGCAGCGUCGCUGCCAGAGCCGCCGCCACCCCGAGCGCCGCGAGGUUAGUUCUAAAUCUGUGGGUUUCCGUGCCUUUGGAGACUACUGGAUGUCUUCCAGUGCGGAUGUCCAUCCUUUUGGAAACUUGGCACACAUGGGAACUGCUCAAAACAACAGUGACCUCAAACAUCUCCACACAGUGGAGCUUGACCUGUGUAACAAAGACAUGAUGGCAGACACAUCUGAUCACAGCAUUAUUUCUGUUGGAGAAGAGGAAGGAGCAGGCAAUUUCCAACGUUCUCUUCCAACACAAGAGUCCCUCCGAUCUCCUCGGGGCUCUGUCGUGAGUUUCCAUAACAUCCAGUAUUCCAUUAAGCAGUCCAGUGGAUUCCUUUGUAAACGGAAAACUGUGGAAAAGAAGAUCCUUCAUAAUGUUUAUGGCAUUAUGAAACCAGGAUUGAAUGCUAUCCUGGGGCCAACAGGGAGUGGAAAAUCUUCUCUCCUAGAUGUGCUGGCUGCCAGAAAGGACCCAGCAGGCCUGUCUGGAGAAGUGCUUAUAGAUGGCAUCCCACAACCUCCAAAUUUCAAGUGCAUCUCGGGAUAUGUUGUGCAGGAUGAUGUUGUCAUGGGCACAAUGACGGUGAGGGAGAACCUGCAGUUCUCUGCUGCCCUGCGACUCCCCAGCUCUAUCAGCAUUAAAGAGAAGGAAGAGCGAGUCACCCAGAUAAUCAGUGAGCUGGGAUUAAACAAAGUGGCUGAUGUUAAGGUGGGAACUGAAUUGAUCCGGGGAGUGUCUGGAGGGGAACGGAAGAGAACCAACAUUGGGAUGGAACUCAUCACAGAGCCACCAGUCCUUUUUCUGGAUGAACCAACAACUGGCCUUGAUGCCAGCACAGCAAAUGCAGUCCUCAUCCUUUUGAAGAAGCUCUCAAGAAGAGGUAGAACCAUCAUAUUUUCUAUCCAUCAGCCCCGCUAUUCCAUAUUCAAGCUGUUUGACAGUCUGACACUGCUGGCUUCAGGAAAGGUGCUGUACCAUGGUCCUGCAAAGCAGGCCCUGGAGUACUUUAGUUCUAUUGGAUAUGAAUGUGAACCCUUCAACAAUCCAGCUGACUUCUUCCUUGACGUAAUAAAUGGCGAUUCCACUGCUGUGGCAGCAAGCAAGGAAGAUCGCAAACCUGUGGACACAGGAAAAGAGUUGAGCAGUGAAAAUGGAGUGGCAGAAGAUAACGUGGACAGCAGUGUGGUAGAUGCGCUGCACCAGAAAUAUCUCAGCUCCAGCCUAUAUCAGAGCACAAAGGAAGCACUGAGGAAAGUGGAGCUUGGACAGGGAAGCAAGCAGAGAGUAUCCAAGCAGGAGCAUGAGAUUACCUAUGCAAAUGGAUUCCUCACCCAGCUGUACUGGGUGUCCAAACGUUCCCUGAAAAAUCUCAUCAGGAACCCACAGGCAUCUGUUGCACAAAUUGCAGUGACUGUAAUCCUAGCCUUGGUUGUGGGUGCUAUCUUUUUUGGUGUAAAAUUGGACCGAAGUGGUAUUCAGAAUCGGGUUGGAUCCUUGUUUUUCGUCACCACAAACCAGUGUUUUUCCAGUGUCUCUGCAAUUGAGCUGUUCAUCAGAGACAAGAAGCUAUUUGUCCAUCAGUACACCAGUGGAUAUUACCGUGUGUCUGCCUACUUCCUGGCCUUGAUGAUAGGAGAUCUGCUGCCCAUGAGAACUGCUCCAGCCAUCAUAUUCUCAUGCAUCAGUUACUGGAUGAUUGGAUACCAAGCUGUUGCAGGACGGUUCUUCUUCUUCAUGCUGACCCUGGUACUGGUGUCCUACACUGCCACAGCCAUGUCUCUGGCUAUCAGUGCUGGGAUGGAUGUGGUGGCUGUGGCCAAUCUGCUCAUCACGAUUUGUUUUGUCCUGAUGCUUAUCUUUUCAGGCCUCUUAGUGAACCUCCCUUCAAUAAUGGGCUGGCUGAACUGGCUCAAGUACUUCAGUAUCCCCCGAUAUGGCCUCACUGCUCUUCAGGUGAAUGAGUAUAGGGAUCUCUACUUCUGUGGUGAGAAGAAUCCAAAUGCUACAGUGUUUGUGGAAGAUGCAGGCAGUUGUCCCCCCAAUAUUUCAGAAGAAAUGUGUUCUGGUGAAGCAUACCUGUGCAGCCAAGGAAUUGCACCGACCAGCUGGGCAAUGUGGGAAAACAUAGUGGCUCUUUUCUGCAUGACUGUUAUCUUCCUCAUCAUUGCCUAUGCAAAACUCCGGUUUAUGAGAAAGUUCACAUAGAAUCCUGUGUCACUUUGGUCUGCAGUUUCUCAGGUCUUAAACCGCAAAGCCUGUUAGAGCCCACUGGAGAUUGCCAGAAUAUUUCAGCUAACUGUAUUGGACUUCAGAUGGGAACCCUGUCCUCCUGUUUUUGGAGUAUGAUCUCCUUAGGAUUGUAUGAUUGUGGUUUUUAAGAAGACAUGCAUUAAUGUACACUGCGUAAGUGUUUUUUUUCUAAGACAAUAUAACUCUCCUAAUUCCUUAGGUAUAUAUCAAAUUAUAUAAUGUAAAGCAUUAUUAUUCUGUGGCCAGCUUAUACAGGAAAUAUUCCUUUGAACAUGUGAGCUUCUCCAUCACCAAAGGUAUAAAGUGAUGGUGGCAUUUAUGCAUUGCUACUGCCUGUCAUGUCUGAGGAGAGCUAGAGACCAUUCCCAGUGUUGUGGAGAUGCAUUUGAAUUUGAAGUGAGUAUGGGGUAUGAGGUGUCCUUGCCCAGCAAGAAUAUUUAUACUUUUGGUAGCUUCUGUGGAAGCUACUUGCAGAAAUAAUUUUUGCUUCAUUAAAAACAGCAGUGGUGUAACACAUCUAAGAAAAGUAAGAAAUAUAUACUGUUGUACUGUAAAAAAAACCCAGCAAACAACUUGCCCCCCUAUGACCAACAGCAAAAAAUAUACUUACUACUUAAAAGGAAAUUACCUUUUUUUUUUUUUUUUUUAAUAAAAAUUUGUAUUCUUA